AUGGGGUUGGUCAAGAUUUUACUCUUUCUUCUGGCAUCCACAUCAAUGGGUUCAAUAAGAACAGAAAGUAGAUCAACAAACACAACUUUUCCCCUCCCUCUUUUCUGCCCAAAAAGUUGUGGGAAUAUCAGCUUCGAGUAUCCUUUCGGCAUCGGCGAUGGCUGUUUCCGGACAGGCUUUAAUCUUACCUGCAGAAACCAUUCCACCAGCGCUCCCAGGCUUUUCCUGGGUGAUGGCACCAUCGAGGUGACGAGAAUUGAUAUGAACCAGAGGUCCGUAUAUAUCAAAUCACCAUCUGUCGUCAUGGGUGUCGACGAUAAGUUUAAACGCGCCUCACUGAUUGACCUGGAGAAUUGGCCUUACUCUUUUGAGUCAAUGGAACAGAUGACACGUAAUUCUUAUCAAGGAACGACAUCUAACGAAGUUUACGUUCUGGGUUGUAGCGCUAUGGCUAGUCUAGUGGAUCUUACCACCAAUAAAACCAUUAGCACUUGUCUUAGUAUCUGCGCGGCCAAUGAUUCGAGUCUAAAGUCAGAGUGGUCCGACAUUAACAAUAGAUAUUGCACAAUGAAUCUAUGGUCUAAGAAUUCGACUGCCUUAGAGAUUCAGCUAACUCGAAUCGACCAAACAGAGUUACACUUGGUGAAUACCUCCAGCAUCAAGGUCAUGAUGUUUGAUGAUGAAAAUGAUGAUCUCCAAGGAGUAUUAAACGGAAGUAGAACGAAUGUGGAGGCCACCCUGGUAUGGUACAUGAAUGAUCAUCUUUCAUGUGAAGAGGCCAUGAAUACGGAAACAUACGCUUGCCUCAGUCAAAAUAGUCUUUGUCAUAAUAUCUUUCUUGAUACGGCCUACCUUAAUAAGAGCAUUGGAUAUUUAUGUCGUUGUUCCGCAAGUUAUCAAGGCAAUCCCUAUGUACCUAGUGGCUGUCAAGAUAAAUCUUUUACACCUGCUGCUGCUGCUCCUGCUGCUGCUGCAAACGGCUGUCUUACUAAAUGCGGGAGUAUUGACGUCUUCUUUCCAUUUGGGCUGGAGAAAGGUUGUUAUAGGGACGACUCAUUUGCUCUGACAUGCAAUACUACAUCCAAUCCUCCCACCCUCCUUUUAGAUUACCUUAACAUAGUGCAUAAUAUAUCGCUGGAGGAAGGCCAAUUGGAACUCGAGGAAAAAGGCACUUUCAGCUACAUUGGCAAUAGCACCAGACCUUUCGUCUUUUUUAAAGGUCAGACCAUCGUUAGUUGGGUGAUCGAGUUCCAGCUUUGCGAGGAUGCUAAGAAGAACACGACCACCUUCGCAUGUGUCGACGCUCACAGCUCAUGUAUCGACACAACAAUUACUAACGACGAUGGCAAGUUUGUGGGAUACCGUUGCAAAUGCUGGCAAGGUUACCAAGGAAAUCCUUACAUGCCUAAUGGAUGCACAG